AUGGAAGGGCUCGGCGACGCGCGGUUCCGCGUCGCGCUCGCGGCGAACGGCGCCGGUGGUUUCGACGAGGCGUGUCGAGAGUUUAUCAGAAUUCCGGGCGCGCUGCCGAACGGCGCGGAUCCGACGAAAUUGGUGAAGAAUCUGUGCGCAAAUUACGACGCGGAUGAGUUGAGAUUCAACGCGACGGCGCGCGUGCCGCUGGGGGCGCAGAUCAUGGGGAGCGAACCGUGGUUGCUGGAGCUCGCGGCGAGACAUUUGGCGACGGAGAAAUCGGCGCCGCGAAUCGACUUGAAUUGCGGAUGCCCGGCGAACGUGGUCACGGGGAAAGGCGCGGGAUCGUCGCUGUUGAGAGAUCCCGAGUACGUGUACGCGUGCGUGAAGGCGGUGGCGGAUGGGGCGAGAGGAAGCGGCGCGCACGUGACGAUGAAGCUUCGGAGCGGAUACGACGAUUCGUCGUUGUUGCGGGAGAAUUUGCUGGCGGCUCGCGAGGCGGGGGCGAGAUUCGUGUCGCUACACGCGAGAACGCGCGCGCAAGGGUACUCAGGUCGAGCGAAUUGGGAAGAAAUCGCGUUCGCGAAAGAUGUUUUGGACAUUCCGGUGCUCGGGAAUGGGGACGUCACGAGUCCGCAACGCGCCGCUGAAUUGCUCAGGGUGAGCGACGCGGACGGCAUCAUGCUCGGUCGCGGGGCGGUGCAAGAUCCAUUAAUCUUUCGACGCAUCGCUGCAACAGUCUCGCGGGACGCUCAAGGAGUUGUGCGAGUGAGCGAUGAUGUCUUCGAGCGCGAGUUCGAAGUCGAGCUCGUGAUUGACUUUUUAAGAACUUUCGCGGCGGAGGUGUUCAAGACGGAAAAUAAACCAAACGGCAAGCGCGGGAGCGGCGUCCAGGCGCAAGAGCUCGAGACCUUCAAGGUGGGGAAGAUUAAAUCCAUCGUGAAAUAUUUGUUUGCUGGGAAUCCCAAUUUAUUGCCUCACAUGAAGUCUGUGAUGCAGCUCGAUCCAACGAAAACGAGCGCAGAGGACGUGUUGCGCACCGUCGAGACGCUCGUGCGCGCCGAAUGGCAGACGCCUCAAAACGUCCUCGUCGACGCGUUCUCGAAGCGAAAUCAGUACACAUAGUAGCAUGCAUAGUAGCAGUAGCGCGGCAGUAGCGACAUUCUUUGUUUUGUAGAAAAUAUAAAUAUUAUUGGAA